AUGAAAAUCAGAAAAAAAAAAAAGAACAAGCACAUAGUAGAAUCACCAAAGAAGGGUAGAAAAGUUAAAAGAAAAGAUGAUGGUAUCAAAGCUGUUGAAAUAAGAUCACAAAGAAAGUCUAAUUUAGUAGCAAAGGCUAAAACAAGUAAAAAGGAAUAUGGUUCUGGGAUGCUCAAGCCAAUUGAAAUAAGUAGCAAUUCAAAGAACAAGUUUGAGAAGAAGGUAUGGGAAAAGAAAUUGGAAAAGAGAAUGGAAAAGAAGAUGGAUAAAAGGCAUCCAGAAGGGCUUAGAAGACUAAACAGUAGAAUGUCACCAACGAAGAUGAGCCUAGUUGCAUAUUGUGCCAUAUUUGACAUCGAGUACAAUAAAGUAUUGACUGAAAAAGGAAGCAUGUCAAAAGCAUUAAUUGAAGGGAUGAAAAAGUUUCCUAAUAGUGAAAUAUUGAGAGAAAGGAUGACAUUGAUGAAAAUGUUGUUUAAUGAUGUGGGGAUUAAUGAAGAUGCAGUUGUAAAUGAAAGUGAUGGCAUUGAUGAGGACACAGACACAAAUGAUGACAUGUUACAGAAAAAUGCACAACAUGAAAAUUUUGGACAAGCUUCCAGGUCAAAUAAAAGUCCUGUUACACCAUACGGGACAAAAGAGAAUGUAGAAGACAUUGGGCAACACAGGGAAGGGAAAGAAGUUGCACAUGAAUACGUGACGCCUAUGGGUGAAAAUAAUGAAGCAUGGGGAAAUAUAAAUGAAUUGAGUAGUUCACAAUUCUUUAAACUCCCUGGAGUUGUAGAUGAAGUGUUGGAUAUGAUGGAUAAAGUAUCAGGUGAUAAGAAGGUUACUUAUGUUGGAGAUAACAAUUAUGGGGUUGAUAAGAGUUUAAAAGAGACAAUCAAUGAGGAAACAACUUUUACUGCACAAAGCUCAAGAAAUUUAUUGACUGAUCUAAACGAAUCAGUUGUUGUGAAGGAUAGAGGGAACAUUGAAAAAUAA